AUGUCGACUCCUGCAAAACGGCCCUUUGGCGGCGAUCCCCAAAGGAAAGGAUCUGGGUCGAAUAACGAGAACUCCGACAAUGCGAUGGGUAUGAGUGGGGACAGGAGGGAUAUGGUCAGGAAGGGAAGCGUGGAUAGUGACCGAGAGUCAAAGAAGAAGCGGGUCAGCUUGAGUUGUGCGCAGUGCACAAAGCGAAAGCAGAAGUGUAAUAGAGAGUUUCCUUGCAAUCACUGCGUCGCGCGCAAAGUGCCUGAGCUGUGUGUACCGUAUAAUCCGACGGCAGCGCCCACAAGCGGUCCAGACCCCGCGACGACGGCCCGUAUCGACCGGCUCGAAACCGUCCUCAGCUUCGUGGUGAGGCAUCACGGCGGGCUGUGGGGUUAUCGGGAUGUCAAAGAGUGGAUGCAAGUCGGAACUUUCCAGAAGCUCUUCCCAUCGUCGCCCUCGGGCACACCAAGGGCGUACCCCGACCUCGAUUCUGAGCGGGAAAGGGAGCACCAACGAGAGAUGCACCCGCCGCAGAUUGCGAGCGGGAGUGGGCAUAUCAAGCAGGAUGUGUUCGAGAUGGAGCAUAGUCAGAGUGUGGGUGGAGAUGAGGAGAGGCUAGAGCGGCUGGGCGAGAUGGAGGGGCUGCCUGAAUCGAUGGAAGCCAGAGGGAAGGUCAAUAUCAAGCACGACUUUCACGGCACACCCGCGGAGAAUUUGCAGCAGCUCAUCCGGGAAUGCGGGAUGAGCCCUCACAAGCUAGCCGAGCUUGUGCAGGAGCUUCCGCCUAAACAACUCGCAGACAAGAUUAUCAACUGGUUCUUCAUCAAGCUCAAUUUCGCUCGGUAUCCGAUCGAUGAGCGCUCUUUCCGGGAGUCCUACGAGAAUCUAUACCAGAGAUCAACAGCGAUCGAUCCUUCGAACGUUCGCGCUCUCCCUCUGGUGUUUAUCGUACUUGCUCUGGCUGUCCGGCUUGCUCCUGAAGAAUGGGCAGGAAACGAUGAGACCCGUAAACUUAGCAGUCUGAGGAUGUACUGGAGCUCGAGACGCAGUAUCUUGGUCGCCACGGCUGUCCAGUCCGAGUCGAUAGAGCUGGUUCUCAGCAGGCUGCUGAGCGCUAUGUACCUGGUGACCAUCCACGAUCGCCGCUUGACCGAGUGCUGGUCUCAGCUCGGAGCGAGCUUACGGACGGCUCAGGCAAUCGGUUUGCACCGUGAUGGAGCGAAACUCGGGCUUGAUCCCCAUCAGUCGGAAUAUCGACGGCGGAUCUGGAGCUACCUAUACCACGCUGACAAGCUUUACUCAUUGGUCCUCGGAAGACCGCCGAGCAUCUCUGACAGCUACACCGACACUCUCCCACCCUCCAACAUCGAUAUGGCGUCCUUCCACCCUUCCCUACCUCCGCCGCCCCCACUCCCCCUCUCUCAGCCCACCACAGCCACCUUCCUCAUCCUCCGCCGAUCGCUAUCUACCAUCGUCGGCAAUGUCGUACAUCACUUCCAGAAGCUAGAUGAGCCAGCCAAAUACUCGGACGUCGAGGCGCUCCAGGUGGAGAUGGAUCGGUUUAUUGACGGUCUGCCGGGGUGUUUCAGGAUGUACGAUCCGGAUAAGAGUCUGGAUGAGAGUCUGUUCUGGUUGCCUGUUCAUCGAUUCUCGCUCUUGUCCGAGAUCAUCAUGACUACCAUCAUCCUGCAUCGCCCCUGGCUCCUCCGCAGACUGUCUAGCAACCGAUACGCCGCUUCCCGUACAGCCUGCUUCGAGAUGGCCAAACUCGACUUUGCUCUCCGAACUGAACACUACAAGACUGUGCCCGACCACAAGGUCUACCAAUCGCAGGGCCAGUUCAAGAUGUUCAACUCGGCCAUGAUUGCUGGUAUCUCGGCGAUCAUCGACCCGAGGGGUCCAGAUGGUGAUACGAUGCGACGGAUUCUAGGGACGUUCUUGGAGCUCAACCCGUGGGCGGUCGUCAAGAAUAAGGACGAGACGACGAGGAAGGAAGUCAGGAUUAUCCAAACUCUCUCGAGACGCGCUGCGCAAAUCUAUGAGAAAUCGUUUGGCCCAGGCGAGCUGUCUCCGCCCGAGCGCGACUCGGUAGGACUUCUCCUUGGUUUACGCGAGGACAAUACUGCACCUCCAACCCCGAUGCCUGGUCCAGCGACGAAUGGCCACAAGGGCUGGGCGCACCUGAUCAACAAUAACAACGGGGAGGGGAGGGUCAGUCCGGGAAGUAGCGUCCAUGAGGACGAUUCCCAGCGGAUGCUGGACCACUGGCUCAAUGCCAACUCGUCGCUUGCGGUUGGAUCUCUGACCGGUCCCUUCCCGCUCGAUCCCCUCACACAGGGCUCGUACGCGCCCAUGGCACCCCCGCCUGUCCCAGGUCCGAUGGGUAUGCGACCACCGCUCUCGCAUCCCGGAACACCUAUGGCCCCGCCCCUACCAAGCCGGAUGUCGUGGGACGGCGGCGUUCCCCAGUCUUCAUACAGCAUGGGCGGCAUGGGCCCGCAGGCGACAUACGGCGCCGGACCAUCGUCCAUGCCGAUCAGUGAUAUGAAUCUGGACAUGCCCAUCGGUAACGCUAAUCUCGGACACGGCGGGCACGGACAUGGACACGGCCAUGUAUCCGGAGAAAUGAUGUUUGAUCCAGGGAUGAAUGUGCCUAUGGGCAUGGGCAUGGGCAUGGGUAUGGGGCUCGGCGUAGGUGGAGCAGCGGGGUAUGGGCUCGGAUCGAUGGGGAUGGGAAUGGGGGAUAUCCCCGUUUUGGGCGCGGCGGGAAGUGGAGAGAAUGCGGACGAGUAUUGGAAUGCUUUGAUUGAUGGGAUCUUGGGUACGACUAGUAAUAUGGGAGCAGGCGGGUCUGGGGCUUAG